CUUACAUUGGUGGUCAGUGGGAAGAAUGUUCCUUACAUUGAUGGGCUGUGGGAAGAAUGUUCCUUACAUUGGUGGUCAGUGGGAAGAAUGUUCCUUACAUUGAUGGCUAGUGGGAAAAAUGUUCCUUACAUUGGUGGGCUGUGGGAAGCAUGCUCCUUACAUUGAUGGCCAGUGGGAAGAAUGAAUGUUCCCUUACAUUGAUGGGCUGUGGGAAGAAUGUUCCUUACAUUGCUGGGCUGUGGGAAGAAUGUUCCUUACAUUGAUGGUCUGUGGGAAGAAUUGUUCCUUACAUUGGUGGUCAGUGGGAAGCAUGCUCCUUACAUUGGUGGUCAGUGGGAAGAAUGUUCCUUACAUUGGUGGUCUGCAGGAACAAUACCCAGCUUACAGAUAACUAAAAAGAUUACUGUUGUCAGUGGUUACAUAUCUGACAGUAAUUGCUCAAGGAAUUUCUAG